GCGCAAUUUCACGGGAUCAGCCUCUUUUUCAAGUCUUCGAAAAUUUCGAGAGAUUUUCUCGAACUAUGAAGCUCAACAUCAGUUACCCCGCAACGGGGUGUCAGAAGCUCAUUGAGGUGGACGAUGACCUCAAGCUUCGUGCCUUCUAUGAAAAGCGUAUGGCACAGGAAUGCUCAGCCGAGAGCCUCGGAGAUGAGUGGAAGGGAUACAUUGUACGUAUUUCCGGAGGUAACGACAAACAGGGAUUCGCCAUGAAACAAGGUGUCCUUGUGCCUGGCCGUGUCCGCCUUCUCCUCUCAAAGGGACACUCCUGCUUCAGACCACGUCGUACUGGUGACCGUCGUCGUAGAAGUGUACGUGGGUGCAUUGUUGAUGCUAACCUCAGUGUGCUGAAUUUAGUCAUCGUAAAGAAAGGUGAGCAAGAAAUUGCUGGACUAACAGACUCCACUGUACCAAGGAGGUUGGGACCCAAGCGUGCCAGCAAGAUCCGCAAACUCUUCAACUUGAGCAAAGAAGAUGAUGUCAGGCAAUAUGUCGUGAGGAGACCUCUCCCUGAGAAGGAAGGCAAGAAAGGUGGCAAAUCUAAAGCCCCAAAGAUCCAACGGUUGGUCACCCCAGUUGUUCUUCAACGCAAGCGCCACAAGCUAGCCCUCAAGAAGAGACGUUCCACCAAGAAACGUGAGGAUGCUGCAGAUUACGCCAAACUUCUAGCACAAAGAAUGAAGGAGGCUAAAGAACGUAAAAUGGAGCGAAGACGAUCUGCGUCUCACUCAAAAAGUCGUGGGGACUCACAGUCAAAAUAAUCUGUAUAAAUUAAAAAAUGACAUUAAAAAAGCUGUGAAUGGAA